UACGUCCGAUCGGUACUCAAUCUUCUUCAAGUUCUUGGAAGUAAAGGACUGACUACUUUUCCAAAAGUUAUAUAUUUUUGAACUACUUCACUUUGUAAUAAAAACUUUCAAGAACUUUGCAUUCAAAAUGGUCGCAACGCACAAUCUAAUUGCCACAGAGAGGGUGGAGAAAAUCGAGACUCAGCCAUUGCAUCAUGUGAACAUCCCGUACGAAAAGGCCACCUUCGGUAUGGGAUGUUUCUGGGGGUGUGACUCGUUGUUCGGAGCUACCAAGGGGGUUCUGCGAACUUGCGUUGGAUACUCUGGAGGUACCACUCCAGCUCCGGUCUACAGAAACAUGGGUGAUCAUACCGAAGUGAUCGAGAUUCACUAUGAUCCGACCGUGAUCAACUUUUCCGAUCUGCUGGACCUGUUCUGGAACAACCACGAGUACGGUUUGACGACCCGCAUCAAGCGUCAGUACAUGUCGCUUAUUUUGUACCACAACGAGGAGCAACGUCGUAUUUCGGAAGAAAGUCGUGCCGAGGAGCAAAUCAAGCGAGCCCCGGAGAAGAUCAUUACCGAAAUUGCACCCGCUGGCAUUUUUUAUCCCGCUGAAGACUACCAUCAAAAAUACCGUCUUCAAGGUCAUCGCGAUUUGGCGAAGAGCAUUGGCUUGACGCCCGAGCUGCUUCACAAGUCCCAUGUGGCGGCGCGUUUGAACGGAUACCUGAUUGGCGUCGGAGGUCUGGAACAGUUCGAAAAGGACACCGACCGGUUGGGCCUGAAUACCGAUCAGGCGCAAUAUGUGCGCGAUUACGUGCGCGAGAAUGAGGGAGGCGGCAUUUUCUGCUGAGAUGAUUGACGAUGCCCUGUGGAAGAAGGGUGUGAUUAUUGCUUUUAUUUGACUGUUAGCGUUGUGGAUAAUGUUUUUAUAAAAUGUUAUCGAGAUUAUUACGAUAGGUUUAGGUUUAUGGAACUAGGUUAAGUAGUCAGUUGUAAAUCAAUCCAAUGGCUUCAGUGGAUGGAAAUUGCUGUCAAAACUGAAUGAAUGAAAUACACAUCUCUGUUUUAAUUU